ACUGGAAUACUGAAAAUUGCAUUUCAACCUGCUGCUGAUUCCAGACAGUGAACUGGGUGAGGUAGAACUCAAAGUGAAAGUAACUUUCUUGACCAACUGGCUUUGUUUCUGCUUGCUGUGUUUUAAGCUUUGCUGUGAGACAAAAUGUCUGUCAGAAGAGAGAAUGAUCUCUCCUGUGUUAUCUGCCAUGACAUCUUCAAAAAUCCUGUUGUCCUGUCAUGUAGCCACAGCUUUUGUAAAGAAUGUCUGCAGAAAUGGUGGAAGGGGAAACCAACACGUGAGUGUCCGUGCUGUAAGAGAAGAUCCUCAAAGAGUGAACCACCUCGUAACCUGGCAUUAAUGAACCUGUGUGAGGCCUUCUUAGUGGAGAGAGAUCAAGGAGCUUCAGCAGAGUCUGAGACUCUCUGCAGUCUGCACUCUGAGAAACUCAAACUCUUCUGUCUGGACCAUCAGCAGCCGGUGUGUAUCCUCUGCAGAGAUUCAAAGAGACACAACAACCACAGAUUCAGACCCAUCGAUGAAGCUGCACAGGAUCACAAAGAGGAGCUGCAGAAAUCUCUGAAGACCUUACAGGAGAAGCUGAAGCUGUUUGAACAAGUUAAAGGAAACUGUGACCACACAGCACAACAUAUUAAGGUCCAGGCCCUACACACAGAGAGGCUGAUUAAGGAGCAGUUUAGGAAACUUCACCAGUUUCUACGAGAUGAAGAGGAGGCCAGGAUCUCUGCUCUGAGAGAUGAAGAGGGGCAGAAGAGUCACGUGAUGAAGGAGAAGAUUGAGGCUCUGAGCAGAGAGAUAGCAGCUCUUUCAGACACAGUCAGCGCCACAGAGGAGGAGCUGAGAGCUGAAGACGUCUCAUUCCUGCAGAACUACAAGGCUGCAGUGGAAAGAGUCCAGCAGCGCCCCCUGCUGGAUGAUCCACAGCUGGUCUCAGGAGCUCUGAUAGAUGAGGCCAAACACCUGGGCAACCUGAUCUUCAACAUCUGGAACAAGAUGAAGAAGAUGGUCUCCUACACUCCUGUGAUUCUGGAUCCAAACACAGCGGACCCAGAACUUUUCGUCUCUGACGAUCUGACCAGUGUGAGAUCUGGAGAACGACGACAGCUUCCAAAAAACCCGGAAAGGACCAAAUUCACCUGCUCCAUCCUCGGCUCUGAAGGAUUUAACUCCGGGACUCACAGUUGGGACGUUGAGGUCGGGGACAACAAGGACUGGGAACUGGGCAUGUUGGCAGAAUACAUCCAGAUGAAGGGACGCCUACAGUCUGGAUUGUGGAGAAUUUUGUUCUCCGAUGGAAAACUCACAGCGUUCUCCUCACUAGAUCAAGAAAAAGAUCUGCCACUGAAAAAGAAGCUCCAGAGGGUCAGAGUUUAUCUGGACUUUGAGAAAGGAAAACUGUCAUUCGCUGAUCUUGAUACUAACACACACAUACACACCUUCACACACACCUUCACUGACACCCUGUUUCCGUACAUUUACACUGAGAACCACCUCCCACUGAACACCCUGUUUCCGUACAUUUACACUGAGAACCACCUCCCACUGAAGAUUUUACCAGUGAAGGUCUAUGUGGCAGUGGAAAAGCGCAGUUAAAGAUUUUUAUGAUAGGGUUGGGCAGUAAGACAAUAUGUACCGUGACAUAAAAUUUGUCAGCAGUCAUUUCUGUUGACUGUUCACCAAGGUAUCUUAUUAAUAUGUCUGGUUUUAUUGGGCCACUGGGAGCAACACUGGGUGGAGGCUGUUUAGGGCAAUGUUGAAUUUACAGGUUUAUUGCAUCAAUGUGAAGAAGUACUCUGAUUUUAUUUAUGCAAGUUAUUAUGAUGGCUUCUUCCUCUCAUAUUACAAUGCUAAAAAAAUACUACAUUGGCAGGAUAUAUAAAGAAUGGUGUGCUAUGACUUUGGGUAGUAAUGUGGAUUUUUUUUUUCUUUCUAUAAAGACUGGGAAGUCCUUUGCAAGGCAUGAUCAAACAUGUACACGUUGUGGUAUACAGAUGAUGAGCUACUGCAGAAUAUUUGCGUUGAAGAUGUUAAAUGUGCCUUUCUAAAACAAGUCUUUCCUCAACUCCCUUAACAUUGUUUUCACUUGAAAUAAUCACCAGCAUCAGAAACUUGUAGGAGAAAACACAAGCAGGCCAAGCUGACAAAUAUCACUUUGUGUCAUCUCAUGGUAUCUCUGUAGCCGCUGCCCCUUGACGUACAUUUUAAAAUCAGGCUUAACAACAUACCAACUACAGGGCUUAUCACUGUGUGCGAGACAGCUAACACAUUUGUUACCAGUUAGAAAGCGGCAUUGCAGGCACAUUUGUUAAUGCCUUAAACCUGCAAACAUUUGAUUUCAGAAAUGUAUAAGCUGUGUUCAGGCUUUCCCACGCAUUAAUCAAUUGGUGGUGCAACACUACUACAUCUGCAUUUGCUGUCACAUUUUAGUUUAGACAUUAAUGUCUGUAGCAGACACCAAAUCAAUAACUUGUGUUUUUAUUGAGAUUAUUCUGAUUGUGGAACCAAUAAAAAUUAAGUGGAAAGU